AUGGCUUCUCCGCUAAAGACAUUCGUCUUGCGCAUGCCUGCGACAGGUCUCGUGCGAUCGUCUCCGAAAGCUUCCUUCUCGACUAUCUCUGCUGCUCGUCCCGCAUCAUGCCUCUCGCGCUCGCCCUUCCGACAGCAAUGCUUCACGCCCACAGUCUCGAUCAACAAGUCUUUUUCCCGCGCCGUCUCGGAUAAGGCUCAACCGGAAACUGUCCAGGCCACACCACAGCCUGCGCCCAGCAAUGUCCUCCCCCCUCUGGACUGGAACAGCUUCUUCAAGCUGCGAGUUAAGCGCCGACGAUACCAGAUGCUCUUCUCCAUCACCAAUGGAAUCUUUGCCGGUAGCGGAGGAGCCAUAUUCCUCUCGACGGGCAGUGCGGAACCGAUUAUUUCUCAGAUCCCUCUCGAUCCGUUCAUGACGCUGGGACUUAUGACGCUCGCGUUUUCGGGACUCGGAUGGUUGAGUGGUCCCAGUGUGGGAAACCAAGUUUUUUAUAUCCUCAACCGUCAAUGGAAGAAGCAAAUGACCCAGAAGGAGGCUAUCUUCUUUGAGCGCAUCAAGAGGAACCGAGUUGACCCCACCAACUCGAGCGCCAACAACCCUGUCCCUGAUUUCUACGGCGAAAAGAUCUCAAGCGUGGCUGGAUACCGAUCUUGGCUAAAAGAUCAAAAGGCAUUUAACAAAAAGAAGACUGCCAACUUUGUGUAG